CUUAUGGCUGUCAGUCAGAUCAGUUUGUUCCGUUUGUUCUGUCUGCUUCAGUCAUUGACGACCCUUCGAUGCAGUGUGAAUAGUAUCUCGUUCGGUUCCUACGCUUCUUCUGCGGUCGUAUACCCAAUGUACAGCUUUAUUAGAAAAUAAUAAACAGGUAUCCAGUACCAGUAGUACAUAGUGAAAGAACGACAUCAUUUUUUGUAGACCAGUGAAAUCAAUGCAAGUGCACCCACCACAUAUUUGUCCGUGGUUCAUCGUGACGGUGACGAAAUGUGAUUCGUCCGGGAACAAAAGUGGACGACUAUUCACCUAAACGUUACCGGUAUACCUACUCUAUAUAUGAACAUAUCGUGCAGUAUUGAAAAGAUGCCAAAUUUGGAGAAAAAUGCUAAAUUGAUCUACCGUGCAGAUGAAACAUUGAUAAUGGAUUUAUAAUCAGACCGACGACCACACGAAGCAGCUCCAGUUCGAUUCCAGCAGCACCGUUCUGUGGUAGCAACACCAGUACAAAUCAUUUAAUGACUUUGACGCUUCAAGGUCUGCUGCGGAAGAGGUGUGAAUGGGUAUCGUUUAGCAAUAGGAGAAAGUGUGAUUAAAAUUUUCACGCACAGUGAACAUUCCUCGACGUCCGCCGAGGAAUGCUGGUGAGGAUGGCGUAUACUUCCGUCCGAAAUAUGACAAAGGCGAAAAACUUUGCCAUCCUGAUCGUGGUCGUAGCGCUGGUUGUGAUUGGCGCUAUCCUAAGUACGUCAUCGGCUGUACCAGAUGACAUCAACAAAGAAUACUCAUCCGUUCCUGAAAAUGACACUAUGGCGGUGUGCUAUGAAAGCUUCGAGGACACCCGAAAACUGAUAUAUAGCUCCACAGACAACGAUAACAGCAAUCAACCAAAGCCCAUCAUCUACUUCGUUACACCGACCUAUCCGAGAAGGGAACAGGUAGCGGAAAUAACCCGCCUCGGCCAGACACUAAUGCACAUUCCUUAUCUACACUGGAUUGUGGCAGACGACACGACCGUAUGCAACAGCUUUCUCAACAAUCUGAUCAAAAAAUUUGGUAUUCCAUAUACACACAUUGCCAGCCCCAUGCCGGACUUUUAUCGCACAAAGAAGCUCGUUCCUCGUGGUGUAGCCAACCGACGGGCAGCGUUAACAUGGAUUCGCAGCAACAACAAAAAGACCGGCGUGCUGUAUUUUGGCGACGACGAUAACACUUUCGACUUGAAGUUGUUCAGCGAAAUUCGCAGCACGAAAAAAGUGUCCAUGUUCCCGGUGGGACUCAUCGGUGAUUACGCCAUCAGUACCCCAGUAGUGAAGCACGGCCAAGUCGUUGGAUUCUUCGAUUCGUGGCCUGCGAAAAGAAAGUGGCCAGUGGAUAUGGCCGGGUUUGCGGUCAACCUGGAGUACAUGGGUCUCAGUCCAAACGUGACAAUGCCCUUCAAGGCAGGCUACGAAGAGGACGAAUUUCUCAAGAGCAUUGGACUGAAGAUGCAUGAUAUCGAACCGAAGGCGAACAACUGUACCGAGAUAUUGGUGUGGCACACGCAAACCAAAAACAACAAACCACCAAAGAUACGGAUUAGUACCGGCAUUCUUCAGAACGAGCAAUUCAAUCUGGGGGUGCUCCUCAAUAAGCUCGAAACGAUGGGCGUGAAUCAUAUCAGUCAGUCGGCAGGUACGGCAGCACAAAUAACAAAAGAUGGAAAAUCGAAGUCGUUAGGUUCGCGGUUUAGUUAAUUUUUUGCAUUAUUUCUCGCAAUACCGUUAGUUUUCCUACCAAUCUUGCUUAGCAAUUUUAAUGAAAAGUAAAAUAAGAUGUGUGCCACAUAGAUAUGCAGAAUAGUGAGAAAGUUAGGAUAUUAAAGUCAAAGCGCAUCAGUUCACCCAUUACGCACAUAGGAGGAAUUAUAACGUUAACUUUUGAAUAUCAUAUAAUUUGAGCUAGACAUCAGAAUAGGUCAAAUCCUGUAGCAUUAAGUUAAACCAACAGCACUGUUUGAAAUGAUCACACCACUCUUUCGCGAACACAGGAUCAAAAACAAACAUGAAAAAAUGUAUGCAAACUAAUUUAGUAAGCAUGCCGAUGCCCGAAAAGCAAAAACGAGAAAGACAAAACAGGGAGAAACUUUACUAAUAGUACAUAUAAACAUAAACAUUGAAUGUUGGUAACAGGAAUCAGUUUAUCGAAUUUCUAAUUACUCCGUUGUAAGUGAGUUAUGCGACAAAUCUGUUUUGAAAACAAUGCUAAUGCCGACCCCCAGUCCCCUAAAGCGCAUUUCAAAAGGACGUUUAAAACACUUUAAACAAGAUCGUAAUAAUCAUCGACGCUUAGGAAGUUUAAUGAGUAAGACCAUUGUGUGAACAUAACAUGUUUGAUACAACUUAAUAAUAUUCAUACAAAUCACGACUCAUCGUAGAACAUUUGGUGAUAGAAACUUCCAGAUGCGAGUAGUUUUUUUUAAUUAAGUUUGCUGUGAUAUUAGUUUAGUUUCGAUUUAAAGAAUAUCAGAUAGUGAGAUAAAUAUCAGUGAGGUAUUUAAGAGGAGAAAAUCGAAUAAUUUCCUAUUUGUAAGAUUUCUUUUAUUGAACAUUGGUUGUUUUGGUUGUUUAUGAUGAAAUGGCUAGUGUUUUUUGCCUGCUUUCUUAGGGAAAGUAUGAUAAUGUAAAUACAUUUUGACUGGUAUUAUAUGCCUGUCAUCAGAUAAACAUUAAAAACAUAAAUUAACCAAUUGUUUAAGCAUUUUGCAAUUAAAACCUGUAUCUUGACAAAGUUAGAUGAAUGAUUUGUUCUGUUCAAAUAAUUGUAUUUUUCAUUCUUAUAAGAUAUUGAAAAAUGCGCAUCAAUGAUGGCUAAUUUGAUCUACAAAAGUGGAAUGGAAAAUAUGGAAGAUUUGAAAAACAAUUUUAAGAUUUUCGCGUUUCCAGAUCUUCAAAUGAUUAAAAUUAUCUCAUUUUUGGAUCAGUAAUGGGCAAUCCGUUUGUGUUAGUGUUCUGGAUCUGUGGUACCGCGGUCUUGUAUCAACUUGGAACGCGAUCAUUUAUGAAUUUGUUUGAAUAUCAGUAAAUUCAGCGUUUUUGUAGAAUUCGACGUAAUAUUAAUGACGCUUACAAAAAGCGAUGUUUGAUAUAGACAGUUUUUAAAAUAUGUUUUUUUCUUCUAAAUAAUAAUGGAUUAUAAUUGAUAUCUGUUCCACAAUCGAAUCGUUUUCUAUGGUUUUGCAAAUCCGAAUUAGUUACCCAUCUCUAAGCUAAACCCUAGUAUUAACAUAUGGCGUGACCAUCAUCAUUAUCAUCAUCUAUGUUUAAAGCAAGACAAUGUUUCAAAUGCAAUUUAUAUACGUAUCUUCUUUGUUCGUUCAAUAUCAUGAUAAACUGUUCUAUAAUAUCUGAUAAUCGUAAUCAAUAAGCUGUGACCAAUCAGGGUUGCUGUUGUUGGGUUCCACAUACGGAGUUCUAAUCCGCAUCAUUAUCCUUCAUUGAUCUAAAAUUAAUUAUUAUGGCAACUUUAUAGUCACAAUGAAAGAAGGUUGUAUAUUAUUAGAAUGUGUACGAGAGAAGAAGCAUUGGUUGGCUAUCUGACACUGAAACUCACACCUUUUAUUUUUAUGCGUUACGAAAUUGAUAAAGAAAAAUUUACUUAAAAAUGUCACACAAUUUAUAAUGAGAACAGAAUUAUUUUCGUGUACUACUACAUCUCAAUCGAAAAAAAGAGCUUUAUAAUAAUUGAAAUAUUUAAUUGAAUUGCUGAUACUAUAAACUGGUAUGGACUUGAUGGCACCAUGAAGUAAACUAAGUAUAUAAUAAGCAAAAAGAUUAUUUUGGCAGUAGCUUGAGUCGGAAAAAUAUUGUUUUCGACAUCUGACAACGGGGGCUACUUUGGACAUUUUGAAACCAGAAUUAUAACGUGAUUUACUAUCAAUUUGCCAUUAUCACAAUUUGGGUGUCUCGUUGAUACUUGGAUGGCAACUUUCUAUUUCAAAUUUGAUAUUUUUUUCGUUUAACUUUUUCGGAAAAUCGAAAAGUAGCCCCCCGCAUCAAAUUGAUUUUUGAUAAUUUAUAGUUCACACAUUGUUGUAUAAAGUUGAAAGGUUGUAAGUCUGUAAUGUAUAAACAAAAAAUCUUAAUGAUAAGAUAUUACCUACUUGAUAUUAACAUAGUGGAAGUAGUCGAAUAGAAGAGUGAUUAGUUUUUUAGUUUUUUUUUAUCUCAUGACUAUGGUAGGCAUAGAUGAACUACUAUAGUUUGUUCCAUGCACAUUGCAUAGUAUUUCAUUACAGAAAAGAAUGCCGGCCAUAAGAGUGUAGUUUUCGUUUUAUACGACAUUGAAACGAACUAAUUAUUAUAUUAAGUUUUCAUUAAAUGGAUUAUGAUGCGUCUUAAAAAUCAUACAUCAUUAUUUCCACAUGCUUUAAUAAAACAAUUGUUUGGCAUUCAUAACAAAUUUCGUUGGUAAAAUUUCCAAGCAACCGUCAUUAAAUUCCAGUUAAUAAUUGCAUCAGUGUGCAUAUCCAUUAUGCAAUGAAGUCCAUACCAGUUAGGAUGAUCAUGUUUUUGGCAUCUCUUUGGGAUAUAAAUUGAUCUAUAGACUAAAGCCGCCUUUCAGAGGAAUAUUGUCAAAUAUAAUUAUAUGUUUCCUUUUUUGAAUUGGUGAACUCCCUUGGCCGCUGGGUAGAGGCGAUUUUUGACGACCGAUACUUUGAUUAGGUAAUAUUUGAUAGAUGUGGGUUACACCAUUCAAUUUUUUCAAGGUCUAGAUAAAGUCGAUUUUUUCUUCAAUAGUGGUCAUGUGGGUUUAUCAAAUAAAUAAAGAUUUUGUAUGAGAAAAGCGCUAAAAGCCACUUAACGAAAAGUUCUGUUUUUUGUGUUUUCAAACGCCUUGUAUCUGAAAAAAUGAGAAUAAAUCACAUUUUAUAAACAGCCCGAA